GCAACCCCUUUCUGUAUCUGCAGUCGCCAGAUUUGUCAGUCAGAAACCUCAGCUCUCAUACCGCUUUUUAAAAACACCAAACCAGGAAGUGAACCGGCGCUUUCAUUUCCUUAAACUGUACGCGUGAAAUUUACGCACAGACUCUGCUCCCUGUCAACUCAAACCUACGAUGCCACAAAAAGUUCGGCAGCAGACCGGGGUUUACUGACGUGGACCAAUGGGCUGAGGCGGCGGGCGGGACCAGGAUGAGCGCUGAGCCGCUAUUGGAGGAGCUGCUGAUUAAACGGUCGCAGCAGAAGAAGAAAACGUCUCCACUGAACUACAAGGAGAGACUGUUUGUGCUGACCAAGAGCACACUAAGUUACUACGACAGACGGAGCGAGAAGCGCUUCAGAAAAGGCCUGAUUGAAUUAAAUCGGAUCAAAUGUGUCGAGAUCGUGAAGAACGGAGGAAUUGUCAUCCCCUGUCAGUACAAGUAUCCAUUUCAGGUGGUGUAUGACAACUCAACGCUGUACGUGUUUGCUCCGAGCCAAGACAGUAGGAGCCAAUGGGUGCAGAGUCUCAAAGAUGAGAUAAAGGAGAACUCAACGGUGGUGGCCAAGUUCCACCCUCAUUUUUGGCAGGAGGGGGCGUGGCUCUGCUGUCGGCAGGUGGAAAAGAUGGCUCCCGGAUGUGAAGAGUACAAACUGUUUGGAGACAUUUCCAGAAAGCCACUGCCCCCGAUUCCAGGAGAGGAGCGGCGUCGCCCGGCCCCGCCCGCCCCCGUCCCUCCCUCUUCAGACCCUCCCCCUCUUCCUCCUCAGCAGCCGCAGCAGGAGACGGUGGUGGCCCUUUACGAUUUCCCCGGGGCCGAACCUCACGACCUGAGCCUGAAGAAGGGCGAGGAGUACAUCAUCGUGGAGAAAUGCGACGUCAACUGGUACAAAGCACGCAACAAGUACGGGGAGGAGGGCUACAUACCAAGUAAUUAUGUGACUGAGAAGAAAUGUGGAAACCUGGAGCAGUUUGUGUGGUACAGUAAACAAGUGAACCGAAACAAAGCCGAGGCACUACUUAGGGAAGAGGACAAAGAGGGAGCGUUCAUUGUCCGAGACUCGAGCACAGCUGGGGCCUACACAGUGUCUGUAUACGCCAAGUGCCUCGGAGACGGCGGUUCUGCCAUCAAACAUUACCACAUAAAAGAAACCUCAGGCUCACCAAAGCAGUAUUACCUGGCCGAAAAACACCUGUUCUCCAACAUCCCAGACCUGAUCGAGUACCACAAGCACAACGCCGCAGGUCUUGUUGCCAGACUGAGGUAUUCUGUAGGAAAACAAGACACAUCUGCUCCUUCUACAGCCGGCUUCAGCUACGAGAAGUGGGAGAUAAACCCGAGUGAGCUGACCUUCAUGAAGGAGUUGGGCUGUGGGCAGUUUGGGCAGGUGCGACUGGGCAAAUGGAGAGCUCAGCACAAAGUGGCCAUCAAAGCCAUCAGAGAAGGAGCCAUGUACGAGGAGGACUUCAUCGAGGAGGCCAAGGUCAUGAUGCGUCUUUCCCACCCUCGCCUGGUGCAGUUGUAUGGCGUGUGCAGUCAGCAGAGGCCUAUCUACAUCGUGACGGAGUUCAUGGAGAUGGGGUGCCUCCUGAACGUGCUGAGGCAGAAGAGAGGGAGCCAGACCAAGGACAUGCUCCUCAGUGCAGCUCUAGACGUGUGCCAGGGCAUGGAGUACCUGGAAAAGAACCGCUUCAUCCACAGAGACUUGGCUGCCAGGAACUGUUUGGUGAACGACUCUAUGGUUGUGAAAGUGUCCGAUUUUGGCAUGACCAGAUACGUGUUGGAUGACCAGUACACCAGUUCAUCUGGAGCCAAGUUCCCGGUGAAGUGGUCUCCUCCAGAGGUCUUCAGCUUCUCCAAAUACAGCAGCAAGUCAGACGUGUGGUCCUUUGGUGUGCUGAUGUGGGAGGUCUUCACCGAGGGCCGUAUGCCGUUUGAACAGAACUCAAACCACGAAGUCGUAUCCAUGGUGAUGAAAGGUCACCGCCUGUACCGGCCCAAACUGGCAUCAGAAACAAUCUACGGCAUCAUGCAAAAGUGCUGGCAUGAGAGACCAGAUAAACGUCCGUCUUUUAAGGAACUAGUUUCAAAAAUCUCCGCCGUUUUGGAAGGUGAUGUCCCUCCCACACCGUGACCAACUGAACAAUCAGCUGCCUCCGUUUUCCACUCCGUAUGAAGCCAUUUUGAAGAAGUAACAAAUAUAAAAGACAUUACUAACAGAAUGACUGACCAAUCAAAUGAAAAAGCUCCCAGACCAAGAAACUGUUUUACUGUGAUAUAUUUAAAGAAGUCUGCCUAUCCUUUGAAAUGUCUAUUCACAAUGUACUAUUAAACUUAAACAGCAUAAA